UCUUCCCUUUCAGAACGCCAGUACUGGGGCUCGGACCUGCAACUUCCCAAAAUACCUUUUGAAGACAUCAUGUACAAUGAUGAAAGUGCGUACAAGUGGCUGUGCACCCUAAAGAAAGUAGGAAUCGUGCUACUCACAGGAGCUGCUACUAGGCAGGGAGAGUUGGUUAAACUUGGCCACAGGAUUGGGUUCCUGCGUCUCACUUUUUAUGGACCAACUUGGCAAGUGCAAGACAAAGCAGAUGCUAACAAUGUGGCUUACACAACCGGGAAACUCUCUUUUCACACCGAUUACCCUGUUUUGCAGCAUCCACCUGGGGUUCAGUUUCUCCACUGUAUAAAGCAAACAGCUGCAGGAGGCGAAAGUGGAGUUGUAGAUGGAUUUCACGUAUCCAACAAGCUGAAAAAACAAAAUCCUCAAGCGUAUCAGAUCCUGUCCUCUACCGCUGUAGACUAUACAGAUGUUGGGGUGGACUACUGUGAUUUUGCUAUGCAAUGUAAACAAAGGAUUAUAGACGUGGAUUCCAGAGGCCAAGCAGUUCGCAUCAAUUAUAAUAAUGCAACAAGAGACACAGUGUUUGACAUACCAGCUGAAAAAGUGAGGCCGUUUUAUGCAGCUCUAAAGGAAUUUAAUGAUUUAUUAAACAGCGCAGAACACAAGUUUACUUACAAGCUGAAACCAGGAGACAUAGUGACGUUUGAUAACUGGCGUGUGCUUCACGGUCGCCAAAGCUACCAGUCGGGAUCAGAAGUGACUCGUCACCUGGAAGGUGCCUAUGCAGACUGGGAUGUGGUCAUGUCAAAGCUCCGGCUCCUCAGGAGGAGGGUCCUGAAUAGGGACUGAGCUUUCUUCUAACUAGAAUGAGCAAAACCUAGAUUGUCUAACCUCAAAAAAAAAAAAAAA